GAGAUACUACUACAUUGGAAGUUGAGAUAUUUCCUUAAAAUUGUGCGUCUUUCAUGUGGAUGCCAUGUUUUUAAACAUGUGUCAACAAAACCUGUUUUUAAACAUGUAAACAACACAGAAUAAACAACACAGAAUAGUCCAGACAUUGGCGCCCUGCAACAUUCCUGUGUUUCCCACAAUGAAUUAUUCUAGACCCUUGACUACAAUAUAAUGUAAUGGAGCCAUCUGCACCACCAUACUUCCUAUCACGUGGAUCGCCACAUCAACCAUCCUAUGGACCAACAAAUCGCCAAUCUCUUGGACCACCACCUGUACCACCUCGUAAAACCGUCCAAAGCCAAAAUGCAAACAUCUUCACCCCCUCAGAAUCUCUGACUGAAGAUGAAUCGCAUCUUUACGAGGAUAUUGAUUUUUUGUCCAAUGGACCACUGCAUCAAUCUCAGCCUGAGCCGGCAAACCCCCUCAGGGCUCAAGGAAGUCUUAAAGAUACCAUUGACAAAGGAACACAUAAACCGCCACUAGCCCCUCGUCCUCCCGUCCGAGUCCCGAGCACAAAUUUGCUCGUGUCCCCUCCCAUAAUCCCCAGGCACCAUGAGUCGCUUGGCCACAGGUUCUCCGUUGACCUGAGUGUUCCUGGCCACAAACUGAGCCACUCCAACACACAGACUGAUGGCGUGGUGAUGGAUCAAUGGACCAUCAAACUGAUCGAUACUCCACAAGGUAGCACCAGAACCAUGGCUGCAUUUUGCCAAGCAGCAUCCAAUCUGAUGUCGCGCUACAAAAAUGCAGAAAGCGCUUUAAACCAGGGCGUGGUUUAUGCCAGAGUGCUGGAUGUCCACCCUGCACUGUUACAGCAAGCGAUGCUGACAAUUAACGUGGCAAUUGAAUAUAAAAGUAAUCCGCUUACCAUCCCCACCUCAGUGAACAGGACAGUGAAAAGUUUCAUUGACCAAACCGUCCGGCUGCUGGACCUCACUCCCAAAACAAACGGGCAUUAUGUUCUCAAGAUGUGCAACUCUGAUGAGUAUCUCCACAAUGAAGAGCUGCUAGGCGUGCACGAGAUCGUCCACACCCACUGCAAGUUCAACCUGGACCUGCCCCUUCGACUGUUGCACACCAGCAGCCUGAAGCACAGCCUGGCGAGGGAUCAGGACGGGAACGACAAACCCUCUCAAGUCUACGAGCUGGUGCGGCCUGUUGGCGUCUUCAGCACAAGCAAGUUGAGUCUGCAGAAUGUGCUAACUAGCUACGGCAGAGAGGAGGCCAUGCUGCUGAGAAGUCAAUCGGGGAUGAACAUCAACGUGCUCGUGGCCCACGUCCGCACCAUUAUUGAUCUUCUAUGUGGCUUCUCAAGUCGAGAGCUGGAGGACGCCAUCGGCAGGCUCAACAGAGUCAACCCCAUCGCCCUGCUUGUCUUGCAGAAUCCCCAGGAAAUGUCUGAGUGUGAGCGUGCCAUGAAGGCGCUGCGCAGUGCCCUGAUUGCAGUCAUGCAGAGCUUUUUGGAAAACAUCUUGUCCAACUUCCGACCUGAGGAGGUCCCCAAGACCCCGCCGACUCGUGAUGUGGAGAACAACAGUGCACUCCUCCAAUUCAACGUGACCGCCCUCUACAAACUACAACCCAGCUGGAUGACCAUUUACGACUGCUUCUCCAUGUCCUGUGAGCUGACAUACGGAGAAAAACAGAUCUGCUCAGGUGUUCUUUCGGAAAAUAUUAGCACUGCGCUAUGCUAUGAGAACAAAAUACAGUGCAACCGCUUGAUGGCGUUUCCUAUGACAGUAAAGCAGUUGCCCUAUGAGUGCAUGCUGACCUUUCAGCUCAUGGGCUCAAAACGAGGAAAGAGCCCUGAGAUGCUGGCUUGGGCUGUUCUUCCUCUGUACAGCAACAGAACCUUGUUAGGAGGGACCAUCCUGCUCAGUAUGUCCACAUUGGCCAUGCUGCAUUCGCCUCCCUCUCCCGCCUUGUUUGACAGCCACAGGCAGGCAGUCGGAGUCAUCCUGCAGCUCGACUUUCUAGAUGAGGUGAAGUGGAUUUAUCACAGGCCGAUCGAGCUCCCCGGGUCGAUCCUUUUCUCUUCGCCUUGUGAAGAUUUGAGAAAGAAAUUGUUACAAAUGUCGAAGAAGCUUAGUGUUUGCUUUCUGUCAGAAAAUGAGAAGAACUUUAUGUGGAGUAAACGUCACCAAAGCGACCAAUCAAGUACAUUCCUUCACCUUGUGCUGGGUGGAGCCCCCCGGUGGCAGCCUGAGGACCUAACAGAAAUCUACACAAUUGUGGAGCACUGGGCCAUCCACCUCCCCGAGGAGGCCCUCUUUCUGCUCACCGAUAGUUUCCCCGACCAGACAGUGCGCACAGCCGCUGUUGAUUAUUUUCUACUAAUACCAGACGAUGUGCUGGAGCAAUUCCUGCCGCAGUUGGUCCAGGCUCUGAAGAGUGAGUGGGAGCUGGAUGGACCCCUGGUCAUGCUGCUGCUAGAGAGAUCACUAAAGAACAUCAGAAUUGCACAGCAACUUUACUGGCUGCUGGAGGAUGCCUGCACAGAUGAGUACUACCAGAGCUGGUACAGAAAGGUGCAGGCGGCCCUGCGCUACUGCUGUGGUCCAGUCUUGAGGAACGAGCUUGAUCAGGAAGCCCGUCUGCUGUCGGUGGUUGUGCAGGUCGCGGAGAAUGUUCGCACUGCGGAGAAGUCAAGGCGAAAGACUGUUUUGAAGAAGGAAAAGGGGAAGAUUGAGAAGUUCUUCAGCGAUGGGAGAAGCUGCUGUCUACCUUUGAAUGUUGCCGUCCGUGUCAAAGGAGUGGACCUGGACGCCUGCAAGUUCUACAACUCCAAUACUGCUCCCCUGGGACUAUCCUUUAUCUGUACUGACCCGCUGGCCAAGAAUUAUAGUCUAAUCUGCAAGACCGGUGAUAGCGUACGCCAGGACAUGUUGGUCCUUCAGAUGGUCAGGAUGAUGGACAAGCUGUGGCUCCAAGAAGGGCUGGAUUUGCGAAUGGUCACCUAUGGGUGUCUCUCGACUGGCCAGUCUCAAGGCCUUAUAGAAGUGGUUCCCGAGGCUGUGACGCUGGGCAAGAUUCAGCAGGAGUGGGGUCUGGGCGGAACCCUUCGACAUGACACGCUGGAAAAGUGGUUCCACAUGUGGAACAAAACAAAGGAGGACUAUGAGAAGGCUGUGAUGAACUUCAUCCACUCAUGCGCAGGUUGGUGCGUGGCCACCUUCAUCCUGGGGAUCUGCGACCGCCACAACGACAACAUCAUGUUGAAGCACAGCGGGCACAUGUUCCACAUAGACUUUGGCAAGAUCAUGGGCAACGCGCAGAAGAUUGCAAACUUUAAAAGGGACCGAUCACCGUUCAUCUUCACGUCGGAGAUGCAGCACUUCAUCACAGGCGGCGGCCAGAAGCCUCAGCGCUUGCAUCGCUUUGUGGAACUCUGUUGUGAGGCUUACAACAUCGUCAGACGGCGAUCUGCCCUCGUACUCAGUCUGCUGGAGCUGAUGAUCAGUGCAGGAAUGGCAGAACUGAAGGAUACUAAUGACCUGCAUUAUGUCCAGAACAACCUCAGACCUAACAACACGGACCUGGAAGCCACGUCCUACUUUACAAAGAAGAUCAAGGAGAGCAUGGGUUCUGUUGCGGCCAAAUUAAACUUCCUCACACACAGCAUGGCCCAAGGGAAGAAACAAGGACCACAAAUCAGUGAUGGCGUCCCUGCUUCCAGCACCAACAUCCAAGAUGCUGUCAUCCACGACCACAGCAUCAAGGACAAAGUUGUGAUCUAUUAUCUGAAAGUGACCAUUGAUGACGGCUUUGUCUAUAGUGAAAUGACCUUUGAGGACUUUGAGAUGAUCCACAAGCAGCUGCUGAAACACUUCAUAGAGUCCACUCUGCCUCAGUUCCCUUCCUGGUAUAUGAUGACAUUCACACCAAGCAGAAAGGUGUCUCAGUUGAAUAAAUACCUUAAACAGCUUUUUGAAGGACCUUGCAAGGGAAAUGAAUUUGUGUGCAGCUUGUUUUUGGACGGACCCAAAAGAGAUACUCAAGGAAAUGUGGCAACAGGAGACUCUCCUCAAAUCCAGCUCUUCAUUUCUUACACCGACAGAAAGCUCUCCGUCCUGGUGAAACACCUGAAGAACAUCAAGGCGCCAAACGGCUCUAAUCCGGACGCCUACGUGGUGACGUGUCUGAGACCAGACCUCACGCAGAGAUCCAGGAGGAAGACCAAGGUGGUGCGGAAUCAUGACAACCCCACCUUCAACGAACUGCUGGAGUACAGCAACGUCCCCCUGCUGUACGGCAUGGUGCUGGACGUGACCGUGAAGAGCAAGAAGACUUUUGUGGCUGCCACAAACAUCAAGCUGGAGGAGGAGCUGCUCAACAAGGAGACCUGGUUUACACUCAGGAACAGUGCAUGCUGACCUCAGCUGCACUGCAGGCCUGCUGCCACCAGGGGGGGCCACCACCUCCAUGCAAACAUUGUCUCUUGACAUGCUUCACAAGCACCAUCCAUAUGGAAGAUGCUGAGGAUGAAGCAAUGGAGUCAAAGGAGCACCUCAGGAAGUUACAAUGCACUGAACACACACACGCAUCUUUAAAUGAGUUACAGUACAUGCUGGAGAUGUUUUGUUUUUUUUAUUUAAUCUAAUUAUUCGACAUUGUGAUUGAAAAUACUUGGAUUUUAUUGGUCAUUUCCCUUUGAUGUAAUAUAUUACUCCCUGCACAAGCAGGUUUUGUGUAAGGAAACUCACACAAAAGCCUCACCUAAAACUCGCAAUCCUGCAGAAAAUAUUACAUUUUAUAUUGAGUGAAAAUGGGACAAUCACUGCCCUUUGUUUUGUUGGAAUGAACAAUGUUUUUCUACUGCAAAUCUGAUGAAACACAUUUUAAACUACUGAAAAAUGUGCUUCCUGAA